AUGAACCAGCUCAGUUCACGGUUGGGCCGGAACAUAUAUGAACGGGCCCAGAAAGAGUUCCUCCCAGACCGGGACUCGCGCACUGGAAAGUUUGUCGUGAGGGAUCCCAAGAUAAGUCCCGUCAUGAACGAAUUUUCCCUUAUGCAGAGCAUGGCGGCUGGGAUGCUCAACGAACGGAACGAAUUUGACCUUCGAAAGGUUAGUGGCAAGGAAAUCGGGAUGCAGAAGCUUCCGGCAGCACGGAAAGUUGUGUUGAACCGCGAGGCCAGGCUCGGGGGAUGAGAGCACAGCAAGAGGUAGGAGUCUGCAGAACCUUGUCCAGAGCUCGCAGCGGGAAAUCGAAGAAGUUGUGGGGGUUCGCGAAGAGAUAAUUGAGAAGUUGAGCCGCGAUGCGUUGGAGAUGGAAGAGGAGAAUGCUCGACUCCGGGCUAUGCUGGGGAUGGAAUGACGGACGGGAGGGUUAUGGGCGGUGUUCGGGGCCUUAUUCGGCAUCUGGUAUGGUGUUAUCGCG